GCCGGCCGGUCGCUGCGCUGGAAACCGAAAGUCCGAAACCGGUCAGUUUCCGGCGUUGGCCUCCGCCGUCGACGAGUGGAGGCAGUGAGUGACAGUGGGCAGUCGGAGCGUGUCCCUCUGGAGGCCUCACGACCUGCUGGCUUCUGACGGCCGCAAGCUCCUGCGGUCCGUGUGGUUUCCCUGAGCAAGAGCGAACAGCAGUUGCCGGCUGAUGGCGCCAGCGGCAGCCGUCGGACCGUCCCUGGCCCGGCCAUCGAGCAGCCACCCGCGGCGCGCCGGCAGCGUCCUCCUCCGGCCCGUCUCCGUGCAGCAUGUCUUGCUUCAGGGGCGGAGGCGUCGCCACCGGCGCCUGACGGGCGUCGUCCCCGUCCGUGCCGCGCCGGACGCGCCGCCGGUGGUCAGGGCGGCCGUCAGCGCCGUCACCGAGCUCCUCAGAGCCCUUUCCCCAAACAAGAACCUCAGGGAUGCUGCCGCCCAGCAGCAGGGGGAGGAGCCGGAUUCGAGUCCGCCGCGUUGCGGCAGCGUCGAGGACGUGCUCGCCGUGCUCCAAGACGAUUACCGGCGCGCCUACUUCCUCACCGGGGAUUUCACUCCGGGCAUAUACACUGCAGACUGCUUGUUUGAGGAUCCGACGAUAAAGUUCCGCGGACUUUCUAGGUACUCUCAGAAUCUGUACCUGCUAGUGCCGUUCUUCGACAGCCCUUCGCUUGAACUGGAGAGCAUUGAGAAGGGUUUGAGGGUUGAAACAAAGUUCGUCAAAGCAACAUGGAAACUAAGGACAUAUUUGAGGCUUCCAUGGAGGCCCCUGAUUGCGAUCAGAGGGAACACAACCUAUGAUCUGAAUGAAGAUUUCAAGGUGAUUCGGCACUCUGAGAGCUGGGACGUCUCUGCGGUUGAGGCCAUCGCUCAGAUCUUCGUUUCGGCCCCGGAGCAGCUGGAAGGCAGCUGAGGCUGAAGCACCACGCAUGCAUGAUCAGAAUUCAGAAAUACAGUAGUAUGCAGCGUCAGAGAUGAGCAAAUGUCCAAAGCCGCUGUCAAAGCUCUGCUUUUCAGAAAUCAACCAGCAAUGUUGAAUUUGUCUUUUCUGUGCAAAUAAAUCGUAUAGUUAUUUGAUUCGACCGGUGAGAGCAAGGGUUGUACAGGAAGGGAGUUGGUGACCAACACAUGGGCGCCAUUUGAUUUCAGUAUCCAUUUGAACAGUCUGGGCAAAAUGUUUGAAAUUUACGCGAAAUCAUAGAUCAGAUCAGCUAGUUGGAUAUAUAUAUAUAUGGAACCUGUUCUUA